CUCUCCCUUUCUUGCAUUGUUCACACCUUAACUCUCUCUCUCUCAUUUACAAGCUUGUGAGAAAAAAUAACCCAUUCUCUUUCAUGGCUCCAAGCUUGAGCAAAAAUGCCCCAGAAGUAAUGGUGCUUGUGGAUGAGGAUGAGGAUGAUAAGAAACCACUGUCAAUCACCCUUGAAGGAUCAGAAUUUUUGGCCAAUGGCCACCCCGUUCUCACUGAUGUCCCUACUAACAUCAUAGCAACACCUUCUCCAUUUACCUCCAAAGACUUGUUGUCCAAGAGCAUGGUCGGAUGCUUCGUUGGCUUUGAUGCAGACGAGCCAAAAAGCCAGCACGUGGUCCCCACCGGCAAGCUGAGGGACAUAAGGUUCAUGAGCAUAUUCAGAUUCAAAGUCUGGUGGACUACUCAUUGGGUUGGCAAUGGUGGAACAGAUGUUGAACAUGAGACCCAAAUGAUGAUCCUUGACAAAUCCGACUUGGGACGCCCCUAUGUUUUACUACUUCCACUCCUUGAAGGACCCUUCAGAGCUUCAUUGCAGCCUGGCAUGGAUGAUGACGUGGACAUCUGCGUGGAGAGUGGAUCCAGCCAUGUCAGCAGCUCCAGCUUCAGGAGUUGCAUGUACAUGCAUAUUGGUGAUGACCCAUAUCAAUUGGUCAAGGAAGCCAUGAAGGUCAUUAGGGUCCAUUUGGGGACCUUUAGGCUUAUGGAAGAAAAGUGUCCUCCAGGUAUUGUGGACAAAUUUGGAUGGUGCACUUGGGAUGCCUUUUAUCUUAGGGUACACCCUGAAGGGGUGUGGCAGGGGGUCAAGGGUCUAGUAGAGGGUGGGUGCCCUCCAGGGUUGGUCCUAAUAGAUGAUGGGUGGCAAUCCAUAUGCCAUGAUGAUGACCCCAUAACUGAUCAAGAAGGCAUAAACAGAACAGAAGCUGGUGAACAAAUGCCAUGCAGAUUAAUGAAGUUUGAAGAGAAUUACAAGUUUAGGGACUACCAGAGUCCUAGGGUACCCUCCAACAAGGGCAUGGGUGCCUUUGUGAGGGACCUUAAGGAGGAGUUUAAGAGCAUAGAGCAUGUGUAUGUAUGGCAUGCACUUUGUGGGUAUUGGGGCGGGUUACGCCCCGGUGUACCGGGUAUGCCCGAGUGUAGGGUCAUUGGUCCUAAACUAUCAGAGGGUUUGCAGAUGACCAUGGAGGAUCUGGCCGUGGACAAGAUUGUGAACAAUGGAGUUGGGUUGGUCCCACCGGAAAAGGUCCAUGAGAUGUACGAGGGGUUGCACUCACAUCUUGAAUCGGCAGGGAUUGAUGGUGUCAAGGUGGAUGUGAUACAUUUACCCCACCGACCUGGCCAAAGCCCCAAUCCACACAGUUCUCCACACUAG